AUGAAUGAGCUGCUUGUUGUCAUUGUCGCGGCGGAAAGAGUCUGCACUCAGCUAAACGCAAUAAGUAAAAAGAAAAGUUGAUUGUUAAAUUGUUUGUGUGUACUUUUGAUUUUUAAAACUCUUUGUGAAAUUGUUCAUGCAAAAUAAUGGCGAGAGCUACAUUUUUUACUUAUACAUACUUUACAAAGGUGAUACAAAGGCGCACGAGACGUUGACUGGAGAAUUCUGUGCUCGCUACAGCAAACGAACGAUGAGCCGUCAAAUUGAUACAGAAGAGGAAGACGAGACAGCGAGUAACAACAGAAGCAGCAACAGCAGCAGCAUAUCUCCAAGUCAAACUCGCAAGUGCAAAAGACGACGAAGAAGCGACUACCCAACGCGAUUGUCAUCGUCGCGCUGAUCUUGUACCCGCCGGCGAAUGUCGCGCUCGCGUAGGCCUCGUCGUAAAACGUCGCAUCUCGCCGAAUCCGUGGACGUGACAGAUCGCGACGAUUCACCAAAAUCGUUCGUCGUCACUUGGUAAUCGUGCAUAUAUAUCCAUACAUGUUGCAUCAUGUGGCCGAGGCCCACGAAGAUAUGCCGAGUCUGGCCGGCGCUGCUGCUCGGCUUGCUGUUUCUCGGCCUGCUGCUCGUUUACAAUACGAAGAACGGAGCCAGCGCCAAUUACGAGGAUCGCAAUUACGAGUCCGUCGGCGAUAUCGUGCACGUUCAACUCGCCGAUGGACAGAAAGAGUACAUCGACAAGCGGGGCGUGCACGUGGUCGUGGGUCACUACGUCGGCAAUUCCAUGGAUCUGCAGCAAUCGCAAAACAUCACUAAAGAUUUGAUGAACAAAAACAUGUUCGAUCCGCGCCCGUACGAGGGUAAGAACGGCGAGCCGGUACAAAUACCGGCCAAGGAUUUUCAGCUGAUGCAGCAGCUAUUCCAGAUAAACCGCUACAAUUUGCUGGCCAGCGAUCGUAUACCGCUGAAUCGCUCGCUGCCCGACGUCCGCAAAAAAAGGUGCAUAGCUCGCUACUCGAACCUGGCCGAUCUGCCAAACACCUCGGUCGUCGUGGUCUUCCACAACGAGGCCUGGAGCACCCUGCUGCGCACGGUGCACAGCGUCAUAAAUCGAUCGCCCCGCCAGCUGCUCAAGGAGAUCAUACUCGUCGACGACGACAGUGAUCGGGACUUUCUGAAGCGGCCGUUGGACGAUUACGUGUCGAAGCUGCCGGUACCCACGCGAGUCCUGAGGACUUAUCGGCGAGUCGGUUUGGUGAACGCUCGCCUCAUGGGCGCCAAGGAGGCCAAAGGACAGGUCUUGACUUUCCUCGACGCCCAUUGCGAGUGCACAAUAGGUUGGCUGGAGCCUUUAUUGGAAGCCAUUUCAAAGGACCGCACGAGAGUCGUAUCUCCGGUCAUAGACAUAAUUAAUGACGAUACGUUCAGCUACACCAGAUCGUUCGAGCUGCACUGGGGCGCCUUCAACUGGGACCUGCACUUCCGCUGGCUCAUGCUGAAUGGCCUGCUGCUGCAGGAGCGCAGAGAGAGCGCCGUCGAGCCGUUCAAGACUCCGGCCAUGGCGGGAGGCCUGUUCGCCAUGGAGCGCGACUACUUCUACGAGCUCGGCGCCUACGACGAGCAGAUGCGCAUCUGGGGCGGCGAGAACCUCGAGAUGAGCUUUCGCAUAUGGCAGUGCGGCGGCAGCGUCGAGAUCGCGCCCUGCUCCCACGUCGGCCACAUUUUUCGCAAGUCCUCGCCCUACACCUUUCCCGGUGGCGUUGACGACGUUCUCUACGGUAAUCUCGCCCGGGUCGCCCUCGUAUGGAUGGACGACUGGGGCAAGUUUUACUUCAAAUUCAAUCCUCAGGCAGAGAGAGUCAAGGACAAGCAGCAAGUAAGAGCCAGAUUGGAAUUGCGCGAGCGUCUCAAGUGCAAAAGCUUCGAGUGGUACCUGGACAACGUCUGGCCGGACCAUUUCUUCCCCAAGGAUGACAGAUUCUUCGGCCAGAUCGUUCACGGCUCGUCGGGCAAGUGUCUCAUGAGGCCACUGUCGAAGGGCGGCUACUCGCAGCCGCUGGGCUUCGUCAGCCAGCAGGACUGCAUCGCGCCGCCGAGCCUUGCCCAGAUGUUCGUUAUGACCAAAACUGGCUUCGUACAGACCGAUGAGAGUGUCUGCCUCGACAUCUCUGAGAAGGAGAGCAGACACAAGCCGAAAGUCAAACUGAUGACCUGCAACGGUUCGCCCGGUCAGACGUGGUUCUACGAUGACACGAAUAAAGUUUUGAAGCACGUCGCAUCUGGCAUGUGCCUCGAACGAUCUGCGGAUGAUAAUCAAAAUCCUGUGAUAGCUCACUGUACAUACAAUGACGAUCAAAAUUGGGAGCUAAGGAGUGUUCCUUGGAAAUGAAUGAAGAGUGCCUUAAUCACUUUUGAACAGAUGUCGUAGACAAAAAACUUUUAGUUAAUCCAACCAAAAACAUUGAAUUUUAUAUCAACAGUUUUUGAAA